AUGGUGCUUGAAACCGCAUGGGUCAAAGAAUUAGAUGAUUUUAUUGAUCAGCUUGAAAUCGAGAGGAAGCAAAAGAAAAUUCACAAAGAAUUAGCCUCCGAUUUUGAGAAUUUCGGAAACGAAGAAUUGGUUGAAAAGGUACCUUCCAAGAAGAUUUGUCAAACUCUGAUCAAAACCUUUGAUGUUUUCGUGGCAAGGAAAGGCUGGAUUCUACGGAUUGAUCUUUUAAAAGUUGGAAAAGCUUAUUUUAUAUGA